AUGACAAACCCAGCGGUCUCGACUGCUUGGAAGGAGCCAUACAAGAGUUCUGGGGAUAUCCUGGAGAAUGUGCUUAAAAAAUACAUUGUGCAGGACACGGCGAGCCCACAUUACGCUCGCUAUGCCUCAAUCACGCAGUCCUCGGGUACCGGCAAGUCGCGUAUGGUCGAUGAGCUUGCGAAAAAGAUAUUCUGUAUUCCAAUGUCUCUCGGCUCCGACCAAGCCUACCCCCCGCGAGAUGUUGAUCUUUUGAGUUGGUUCGAGUCACUCAAGCCACUCGAUGACAAUGUCCGGACAAAACGCAUACAGCUCCUCAUGGUCGCAUUGUUCGAGACUGCGCUGGAGCGAGUUAAGGUUAUUGCCUCCGAUCCCAUGUCAAAGGGUCAGAGUCUCGCGAGCGGAUUUCGUCAAUUGAUGAGCGAGGGUAUGACGUAUAGUCAACAUGGUCAGUACCGGCAGAAAUUACAUAAAGAUGUGUGCGAGCGGGCGAAAGAGCUCUUGUUGCUACCCGAAAGCUCCGGGGACUGUAGGGAACAUAGUCCAACUCCUGUUGUAAGCGUUGAGGACGAGCACGGGGACCAAAUAAGUCUGACGACUGCCGCAAAAGCGUUGACCUCGUACCUUUCAACAAUUCCAAAGGAAUCCUCCACAACAACCACCGCCGGUCUAGACGUCAUCCUGUAUUUCGAUGAGGCACAGCUGCUCAACCUCAGUGACUCCUGUCCUUCUGGGGCUACGCUCUUUUCCGACGUGCGGCGUGCUCUCCGCCUCAUCAGAACACUGCCUAUCUUUGCUCUCUUUCUCUCUACUGUGGGGAAACUUGAACAAUUCUCUCCGCCUCCGCAACUCGAUAGCUCAGCCCGAAUCAUGCGGUUGGAGCUCGUUCCGUUUGCGCCCAUAGUGUGGACGCCACUCGAUGUCUUGGCUCAGCGUAUCACAAAGAACAAGGUCUGGAUGUUGAGGGAGGUUGCAUCUACAUAUCAUAUCGCCCACCUGGGCCGUCCAUUAUUCCCCGCCAUGUACGACGCUGCGAUAACAGUAGGCGACCACAUGGUCUGCGAUUGGAUCGUCGACUUCGCUUGCAAGAAGCUCCUCAAGACCGAGCAUCUUACAUUUGAUUCGAUGACGUUUCCGCGAACAUUGGCAUGCAUCGCUGUCCGCAUUCCGAUCGAGUUUAAUCCAGUCCCGCUAUCGCGAAGGGAUGCCAGCAUAGAGCGCGAUCUGGUGGCGGAUCACAUGCGACUGCUCUUGUACGCGGGCGCCGGGUUCUCACCCAUCAUCACCACUUCCGCAUCAGAGCCGUUGCUCGCAGAGGCGGCGUGCCAUCUGAUGAUCAGUGGAAGGUGGGCAGACGGGAAGGCACAGAAUGCUACAUCCCGUGCAGAUUUGGACCCGUUGGUGGCCAUCACACAUUACCUCGGAAACUCCCUCCUCGACCUGGGCGAGAGAGGAGAAUUUGCCGCAGCCUUGUUGCUGUUGUAUGCGCGCGAUUGUGCGACCACGUUUGUCCUCGAAAAGUCGCAGCUCCCCGGAUCCUCCUCUUCCUCCUCUUCCUCCAUCAGUACUUUUGCAUAUGUCUGA